AUGCAUACUCACUCCAAAAAUAUCAAUGCUAAGGCUAUUUAUAAUGAGAUCUCAUAUCAAUAUGAUGGUAGUAGCUUUCUUAAAAAUAUCAGAGAGAGAUCCAAAGGUGAUAUACUUCAAUUACAACAAGAACUUCUUCAUGGUAUCCUAAAGGGGAAAAUUUUUAAAGUAAACAAUAUUGAUGAAGGAAUUAGUAUGAUAAAGAGGUGUCUCAGCUCCAAUAGAGUUCUUGUUAUUUUUGACAAUGUAGACGAGUUGAAUAUCUGGUUGAAGAGAAAGAAGGAUUGGUUUGAGGCAAAAAGUACAAUCAUCAUUACAUCUAGAGACAAACAAGUGCUUGCUCAAUAUGGAGUAGAUAUAUCAUACGAGGUUUCAAAAUUAAAUAAGAAAGAAGCUAUUGAAGUCUUUAGUUUGUGGGCCUCUCAACAUAAUCUUCCCAAAGAAGUUUAUAAAAACCUCUCAUACAAUAUCAUAGAUUAUGCUAGUGGCCUUCCAUUAGCACUUAAAGUUUUAAGUGGGUCUCUUUUUGGAAAGACAACAAGUGAAUGGGAAAGUGCAUUGUGUAAGCUAAAAACAAUACCCCACAUGGAAAUUCACAAUGUACUUAGAAUAAGUUUUGAUGGACUCGAUGAUGUAGACAAGGGGAUAUUUUUGGAUGUUGCAUGUUUUUUCAAAGGGAACGACAAAAAUUAUGUGUCAAGAAUAUUGGGUCCUUAUGCAGAGUAUGGAAUAACAACUCUACAUGAUAGAUGCCUCUUAACCAUUUCAAAAAACAUGCUAGACAUGCAUGAUUUAAUACAACAGAUGGAUUGGGAAAUUAUUCGUCAAGAAUGUCUUGAAAACCCUAUAAAAUUAUGGCAUUGCAUUUGUUAA